AUGGAUACAAGGGGAUCUGUGGUGUACUAUCCUCCUAAGGUUUGGACUGAUGAUUUUAUGCAGAAACAAACUAGUGUCUAUCUGGGAGAAAAGUACUCGGAGAGAGCCGCAAAGCUAAAGGAAAAUGUGAGAGAAAUGCUGGAGAAUGUGAAGAAGGCUUCAUCGGACCAGCUUGAGCUUAUUGAUGUUGUUCAAAGACUCGGUUUAUCGUAUCAUUUCAACCGUGAAAUACAGAAAAUACUGGCAAGCUUGCACACUAUGAUGAACAACAAUGUUGAGCAAAAGAUUGAGGACCUAUGCAAAACCGCUUUACAGUUUCGACUCCUGAGACAAGAAGGGUAUCAGUCUCCCAAGCCUCCGCCCAACAAGUCCAACUAUAUCUUCAAAAGUUUCAUCAAUGAGGAAGGGAAGUUUGACAUGAAGCUUUGUGGGAAUACUAAAGGAAUGCUAAGUUUGUACGAAGCUUCAUAUCUCACCAUGGAGGAUGAACAUAUUUUGGAAAUGGCAAAAGAGUUCACUACCCAUCAUCUCAAACAAACUCUGAAACAAGCUGGAAUAGAUCAAAACAUGGGUGAGCAAGUGAGCCAUGCUUUGGAGAUGCCAUUGCAUUGGAGGAUGAAGAGAUUGGAGACAAGAUGGUUUAUAGAUGUGUAUGAGAAAAGGGAGGACAAGAAUUCUACUAUUCUUGAGCUUGCUAAACUGGAUUUCAACAUGCUCCAAGCCAUGCACUUGAAUGAACUCAAACAACUAUCAAGGUGGCAUGAAAGUGUUAAUCUAGCAGAGAGAAUGGAUUUCGCAAGGAGCAGAUUAGUGGAAGGGUUUCUGUGGAGCGUUGGGUUCAGUCAUGAACCUCAGUUUGAGUAUUGCAGAAAGAUCUCAACGAAGUCUGCUGAGCUGAUUACUGUGAUAGAUGACAUAUGCGAUAUACAUGCUACUUUACACGAGGUGGAAAUCAUGGCUGACGCCGUUAAAAGGUGGGAUAUCAAUGCACUUGAGGAACUACCAAACUACACAAAAAUUUGCUUUCUAGCUCUGUUCAAUUAUGUUAACGAGGUGGUUUACGAUAUUCUUCAAGAACAAGGCAUUAAUGUCCUUCCCUACAUAAAGAAAGGGUGGAGUGACCUUUGUGAAACAUACUUGGUGGAAGCAAAAUGGUACAACAAUGGAAUCACACCAAGCCUAAAGGAGUACCUGGAGAAUGCCUUGGUGUCUAUUUCUGGUCCACUGCUUAUCCUGCAAGCUUAUAUCUCCAUUGCAAAUCCCAUUAAAAUGGAAGAUCUGCAACAUCUACUUACAUACCCUUCUAUUAUCCGAUAUCCAUCCCUCAUCCUUCGCCUCACCGAUGACUUGGGAACCUCUCCGGAUGAAAUGGCGAGAGGUGAUACUUCGAAAUCAAUCCAAUGUUACAUGCAAGAAACCGGGAGGUCUGAAGACGAUGCACACAACAUGAUGAGGGAGAUGGUGGAAGCGACAUGGAAGAAAAUGAACAAAGAGAUAUUAAUGGACACUCAUUUCUGCAGAGAUUAUAUCCAGACAGCAAUGAAUUUGGCCAGAAUCUCUCAAUGCAUGUACCAAUAUGGAGAUGGCUAUGGUCGUCCAGAUGGUGUUACCAAGGAUCGAAUUAAGUCAUUAUUUUUCGAGCCCAUUCCUCUCGCAUAA